GAAGCUAGCCAAGAAGCAGAAGGAGACUCAGACCAGCACGCAGAGGGAGAUGGGUCCCGUGGCUACUUCCGACAAGACCUCUACAAAACUCAGUGCUGUUCACAAUGAAGAAGCUUUUUCUUCCAGCUGCCAAGAUGUUAAUGGAUUCACAUCACCCUCUCCUUGUUCAUUUUCUGUCCAAAGCAAAACCCUUCAGAGCAAAUCUUUGUUGAAUUCCUACUACUCAGUAUCAUCAGACACUGUUCCAUCGACCACGCUGUUAGACAGUAGCCAUGGAGAGAUGACCCAGCCAACCCUGACUAUCCAGACCCACCCGUACCGGAGCUGCGAGCCGGUGGAAAUGUCCUACCCCCGGGGACAGUUCCAGCCAGCCAUCCGAGUGGCCGACCUGCUGCAGCACAUCACCCAGAUGAAGCGAGGACAGGGCUAUGGAUUUAAAGAGGAGUAUGAGGCGUUACCCGAGGGGCAGACGGCUUCCUGGGAUACGGCCAAGGAAGAUGAAAACCGCAAUAAGAACAGAUAUGGAAACAUAAUCUCCUAUGAUCAUUCAAGAGUGAGAUUGCAGCUGCUGGAUGGGGACCCUCACUCUGACUACAUAAACGCCAACUACAUAGACGGGUACCACCGGCCUCGCCAUUACAUUGCAACUCAAGGGCCGAUGCAAGAGACGGUGAAGGAUUUCUGGAGAAUGAUUUGGCAAGAAAACUCUGCAAGUGUUGUCAUGGUCACCAACUUGGUGGAAGUGGGCAGGGUAAAGUGUGUUCGAUACUGGCCAGAUGACACAGAGGUCUAUGGAGAUAUUAAAGUCACAUUAAUUGAGACAGAACCAUUGGCAGAGUAUGUCAUACGCACAUUUACUGUACAAAAGAAAGGCUACCAUGAGAUCCGAGAGAUUCGGCAGUUCCACUUCACCAGCUGGCCGGACCACGGGGUUCCUUGCUACGCCACCGGCCUCCUUGGCUUUGUUCGUCAAGUGAAGUUUCUCAACCCCCCAGAAGCAGGACCCAUCGUUGUGCACUGCAGUGCUGGUGCCGGGAGAACAGGGUGCUUUAUUGCCAUCGACAUCAUGCUUGACAUGGCAGAGAACGAAGGCGUGGUGGAUAUAUUUAACUGCGUGCGAGAGCUGCGAUCCCAAAGGGUCAAUCUGGUGCAGACGGAGGAGCAGUAUGUGUUUGUCCAUGAUGCCAUUUUGGAGGCGUGUCUGUGUGGCAACACCGCCAUUCCAGUUUGUGAGUUCAGAUCCAUAUAUUACAACAUCAGCAGACUAGAUCCACAGACCAAUUCCAGCCAGAUAAAAGAUGAGUUUCAGACUCUCAAUAUUGUUACACCGCGUGUUCGGCCAGAAGAUUGCAGCAUCGGUCUUUUGCCAAGGAACCAUGACAAGAACCGCUGCAUGGAUGUGUUGCCCUUGGACCGGUGCCUGCCUUUCCUCAUCUCCGUGGAUGGCGAAUCAAGUAACUACAUCAAUGCUGCACUCAUGGAUAGCCACAAGCAACCUGCUGCCUUUAUUGUAACCCAACACCCUUUGCCCAACACCAUAGCAGACUUCUGGAGGCUGGUGUUUGAUUACAACUGCUCCUCUGUUGUGAUGCUGAAUGAGAUGGAUGCAGCACAGCUCUGCAUGCAGUACUGGCCAGAGAAGACAUCCUGUUGUUAUGGCCCGAUUCAAGUAGAGUUUGUUUCAGCAGACAUUGAUGAAGAUAUCAUCAACCGGAUAUUCCGGAUCUGCAACAUGGCCAGGCCCCAGGAUGGAUAUCGCAUAGUUCAGCACCUGCAGUACAUCGGCUGGCCAGCAUACAGGGACACCCCUCCUUCCAAACGCUCCCUCCUGAAGGUGGUCAGAAGGUUGGAGAAGUGGCAGGAGCAGUACGAUGGGAGAGACGGACGGACCGUUGUCCACUGCCUGAACGGUGGGGGACGCAGCGGCACCUUCUGUGCCAUCUGCAGCGUGUGUGAAAUGAUUCAGCAGCAAAAUAUCAUUGACGUGUUCCACAUAGUGAAAACGUUACGGAAUAACAAAUCCAACAUGGUGGAGUCACUGGAACAGUAUAAAUUUGUAUAUGAGGUUGCACUGGAAUACUUGAGUUCCUUUUAGCCCAGAGGAGGGAGGGGAGCCUCCGAAAUGCCAGACCCCAAUCGCUGGCAGACGCUUCUCCCCUCUCCCACACUGGAAGGCAGUACAAGUGUGGGAAGGAAAACCUCUCCUUCCCGGAGCAAGAGACUGCGACUGCACAGACCUCGCUGGAAGGAGGAGACGAUGCCUGUGUUUGCUGCUGCCUGCUUUCUAUCAGAACAUCUACCGCUUCUUAAAUAACCUUCUGUAAAAAUUAGCAAAAUGGGAGACAGGCUGAAAGACUGGACUUUCUAAUCUUCUCUGACUUCUUCUCUCCUCUUUUGGGUUGUAUUUUUGCUCUCCUUGCCACAGAGUGGGGAAGGAAUGAAACCCUUAGGAAAUUCUCUUUUCAAUGUCUCCUUUUUAAUUUAUUUUUUUUUUUUCUCCAAUCCCAGUGUUUAAUUUUUUAAUUUCAUGCAGCAGUCAUUUGGGAAAAAUGAGAUAGCCAUAGGGGAUAUAUGAAAUGUUUCAUUAGAAUUUGUCUACUUUAUCUGUUUCCUUUUACUUGUUUUUCCAAACAAAAA